CCUGUCCCUCCAGGUAUCAGCUGAUGACUCUCUGCUGGAGUCUGGAGCCCACAGACAGACCCACCUUCAAAACUAUUGGUCAGAUCAUCAACAGGCUCCUCCCCCAAACGUGUCACAGCAAACAGGUAAGGACACACCUCCACCCUGUGCCGUGAACUUUGUCUGACAGGCCGAACACACCUGAGCCCACCUGAACACAACACACCGAACCUUAGCAAAUAUCACAACCUUUUUAUUUUAUUAUUAUUAUUAUUAUUAUUAUUAUUAUUAUUAUUAACAUAAUAUUGUUAUUAUUUUAUGGUCAUUAUUAUUAAUAUUAGAAUUUAGUUUAUUAUUUUAUAUUUUAAUUAUUAUUGUUAUUAUUUAUAUCAUAAUUUUUUAUUCAUUUUUAAUUAUGAUUAUUAUUGUGAUUAUUGUUGUUAUUUUUAUUUUAUUAUUAUUACUAGUAUUAUUUUAAUAUUAUUAUUAUUAGAAGCAGAAGUAGUAUAAGAAUUAGUUUUUAUUAUUAUUAAUAUUUCUAUUAUUAUUAUUAUUUAUUUAUUAUUAUUUAUUUAUUUUUAUUUAUUUAUUUUCCUUUAUUUUAUUUUUUUUUCAAUGUAAUUUUUAUUUUCUGAACUUACCUGGCGUCUUCUCAGGUGACAGACAGGAACAUGGAGGAGAAGGAGGUCAGAGGAGGCGCGCUGAAAAGAGGAGAAGAAGAAGAAGACGAAGAAGAAGAAGAGCGCCACCUCAGAGGUGAAAAAAACAUUUGAGUCUUUUUUUGUUUGUUUUUUUCUUCGCUCUCGUUUGUUUAUAUAUUUCUGUAAUCUUGUUUUUAUGUCUCAGUGUAAAGGCUACCCCCGGGGUUCUUUUAAAUGUGUUAUAGAAAUAAAGUUGAUUGAUUGAUUGAUUGAUUGAUUUACCUGUAUGACAUCAUCUGUUACUAAGAGACAGUUUACCUGUAUAACUCUGACUCCGCCUUCUUUGCCUCCUCAGAGCGCCAUGACGAUAAAAACGAAGAGUCUGUGAGGAAGAACAUCUACCAGCUCUCCUGAUCGUCCAAUCAGAACGCCAUCUGCUCUGUGUGCCAUCAAAACUUUAUUUAAACAUCGACAGCAAACAAACACCUGCAAACCAAACCCUGUUCAAGUUUUAUAGAUUUCUAACAGACACUUUUAUUUUUUAUAAACGUUAAAACUGAAACAAAAAUCUACAUUUCUAUGAAGCUGAACUGAGCCUCACAGGAAGUGACCUCAGAGUGAUUUUUCAGAUUAAAAGUCUGAGAUAAAAAGUUCAUCACUUUGAUUUCAGUUUAAAUUAACCUGAUCAAGUCCUUAAAAAACUGAAUCACUAAUCAAUAAUGAUCAAUAUACCGAUCUAUUAACCUGCUGAUCAAUGAGGUCAAUCAUCUGUGAUCAUAAAUUUUUUACAUCUUUAUUGAUUUUUUUUUUAUAAAUAAAUAAAAUAUCAAUAAAAACUGAGUU